GUCUGCGAGGAGCAGAAGUGCGAGGAGGAGGUCUUCCCGCUGGCCAUGAACUACCUGGACCGCUUCCUGUCGCUGGAGCCCGUGAAAAAGAGCCGCCUGCAGCUGCUGGGGGCCACCUGCAUGUUCGUGGCCUCGAAGAUGAAGGAGACCAUCCCCCUGACGGCCGAGAAGCUGUGCAUCUACACUGACAACUCCAUCCGGCCUGACGAGCUGCUGCAAAUGGAGCUGCUCCUGGUGAACAAACUCAAGUGGAACCUGGCCGCGAUGACCCCGCAUGAUUUCAUCGAACACUUCCUCUCCAAGAUGCCAGUGGCCGAGGAGAACAGACAGAUCAUCCGCAAGCACGCGCAGACCUUCGUUGCUCUCUGUGCCACAGAUGUGAAGUUCAUUUCCAACCCGCCCUCCAUGGUGGCAGCUGGGAGUGUGGUGGCCGCCGUGCAAGGCCUGCACCUGGGGAGUUCCAACAGCUUCCUGUCCUACCACCGCCUCACUCGGUUCCUCUCCAAAGUGAUUAAGUGUGAUGCGGACUGUCUCCGGGCAUGCCAGGAGCAGAUCGAAGCCCUGCUGGAGUCCAGCCUGCGCCAGGCCCAGCAGCAGAGCCUGGACCCCAAGGCGGCAGAGGAGGAGGAGGAGGAGGAGGAGGCCGACCUGGCCUGCACACCCACCGACGUGCGAGACGUGAACAUUUGAGGGGGCGCUCGCGCGCGUGCGCGGGAGGGGCCGGCCCCGGGUGCUCCCCUGACAGGACCGUGCUCCUCGCCAGGACCGGUCACCACCAGAAGGGAAAGCUUUCCUUCUCCUUUACUGUGGGUUUGUUUCCUUUGCUCUUUUCUCCCUUCCGUCUCUGACUUAAGCAAAAGAAGAAAAACUGUCUUUUAAAAAAAAAAAAAAAAAAAAAAAAAAGGAGAGAAAAAAGAAAUAGUAUUUGCAUAACCCUGAGCUGGGGGGUGGGGGGAGGUUUGCUACAAAAAUAGAGGAUCUUAUACCCCAUAAUCAACUAGAUUUUAUAUGGAUGUGUUUGUGUCUCUGUGUUGUUAAGGAUAGGCAUUAACACAAGGAACGAGUCUGCAGGGGAGGAUUAGAUUUGAUUCUUUAUGUGUUUAAAACAAAACGGAAAAAAAAAGCAUAAAAACAUUUUAAAAACUAGAAAAAAGCCAACCAACCAUUUUUGGAGUAGACAGGAUUUUAGGUAGCAAACGCACUCGCGUGCCGUCCCCGAGGAGCGCGGCUUUAAGGCGGUCCUAGGUACCCUGCAUCUCGCUUGCUCGUGCAUGUAGUCACUUUAUCAGCCCUUCGCGCGUGUUUUAUUUUAUUCCGUAGAUAGGCGUGUAACCUCUUCACCUGUCCGUGGCUGAUGUAACCUCAGUUAGCGUAGCGUAGAGCUCAGCGUGGUCGCGUGCUGGCCCUCUUUCCGCCCGCGGCCCAACCCAGAGCGGGUGGCCGGGGCCCCGGCUGGCGGCACAGCGGACACGGAAAACCAGCUCCGACUCCCGGCCCGCGCUGCUGGUAAAGAGAACCCGCCAUAGCGACGUAAUAUAUUCUAUUUUUAUAAUCUUCCUAUUUUUGUAGUUGCCUGUUGAUGAGAUGCUGGUUUUUCACCCCCACAGACCUGCAGCCUGCUCACAUCCAGGUGAAAUCCACAGCUCCUUUUUUUUUUUUUUUCUUUUUUCCUUCUCAAUAUUCUAGAACCAUUCCAUUUCAAAGCACUUUCAAUCCAGUGGUUAUAGGGAAUCUCUCUUGUUUCUGUUGUGUGUGGAGGGCGGGUGGGGGGGCAGUUUCUUAAUGGAAUGGUUUGGGAAUAUUCACGUCUUUGUGUGCAGACAGGAUGGCGAGGCAAGUGCAUGUCACUUAAGGAGUUAGCGGAAGGGGAUGUUCUUGAAGGCGAGCUUCCGGUCAAGAAGUGCAUUCUUACAUUGCCAGGAUGAUGCAUUCCUUUCUCUGUAGAGCAGUGGAAGUUCGGGAGUCCUUGGUGCCAACUGGUGUUUGAAAGCAUAGGGGGCCUUUAAAGGUUGACCUAGAGAACGCGUAGUUUAAGGGUUAGGAAGGUUUUUAAACACUAAAAUAUAUAAUUUAUAGUUAAGGCUAAAAAGAAUAUUUAUUGCAGAGGAUUGCAGAGGAUGUUCAUAAGGCCAGUAUGAUUUAUAAAGUAAUGCAAUCUCCCCUUGAUUUACACCUACCCACACCCACCCACACACCCACACACACUUUUUUGCCUUUGAUGUUGCAGGUUUCAUACAGUUUGUCAAAGUUAGGUCUUUUUUCAUAGGAGAGAGAAAAAGAUCCUGAGGAACAACACAGAGAGCAUGGAUUUGGCUGAUUCAGCCCGUCUUGGCGGUUUCCCAAAUGGGAACCCCAUCUGAGAGGCCUCGGAGUUCCACAGAAAGUUAGGGUACCCAAAAACAAGUUCAGCCCCAACAUAUUCUUGUCCCCAGUCCCCUCCUUUUGAAAAAAUUUUAGCCACCAAUAGACAAUUUGCACAUCUUGGCUAUGUACCUUUUUGUAAUGACUAUGUAGGGAGAGUCGAAGGCGGCGAGAGCACAGGGCUGGUGCUUGGCGGGGACGCAGAGGGGCGUGCGGGCGUGCGGAGGGCCGACGGCGGGACCACGUGGCGGGCAGGCUGCGGCUCAGUUUCCCGAUUCGCUGCUACCGAUGACUUCCCAGCACAGUUUGGAAACCGAUUCACAUCACUUUUCUGUAUCUCUUUCACAUUGUUUUGCUGCUAUUGGAAGAUCAGUUUUUUUGUUUUUGUUUUACAAUGUCAUAUACUGCCAUGUUCUAGUUUUAAUUUUCUCAUAGAAAAAUGUAUUAAGGAUGCCUUUUUUUUUGGUAGAUUUUUUUUUUUUAUGUGAUCAAUUUUGACUUAAUGUGAUUUACUGCUCUAUUCCAAAAAGGUUCCUGUUUCACGAUACCUCAUGCUUCUCUUAGCCAUGUGUAGACCAGGCGGUCAGGCUCCUUCUGACCCGCCGCCUCCCGCUCCUGAGGACACGCGGACCGGGAUCACGAAAUGGGCCUGGUAGGGUGGGCUCCGGGCCGCGAGCGAGCACGCAGCCUGGCGUCCGUGGGGCCGCGACCGCUUCCUUCUCCCUGCGCCUGUAACCCUGGGCUGUCCACCCAACUGGGACGUGCCACCGUCCUAGUUUUUACAGCCGUAUUGUUCUUUACGUGUAGCUAUGAAAGUUGCAUUAUUAUAUUAUUAUUAUUGUAACAAGUGUGUCGUCACGUGCCACCGCAGUGCUGCAGGACUCAGUCACUCGGGAUGAGCGGAAUCACUUCUGGACUUGGUGAAAGUUCCGGGUGUUGCAUCUGUCGUUAUGUACUAGUUUGUUCUCUUCAUUGCAGCAUAAUGCUAAUUU